AAAAUGAGCGGAAACCAGGCCUGGGCUCAUCCUUUGACGCGUUAUUGAAUGCGUCGUUGCCAUCUUGGAUUAAUAUGAAGGAAUUAAGAACGCUCGUCCAAGGCAAUGAAACUUCCCUUUUAAGAAGCAGAGAAAAGGAAUUCCGAUGAAAGUUCUGGAAAGGGACACCCAAGCAGAUGAGGACAGCUUUGCAGAAAGUGGAGACUUUUCACCAGAUCCAUACAAUGACCCUUGCGAUUUUGACGAGUCUGAGAAGAACCGGAUGGAUGUGCCUUAUUUCCAGCCAUCACAUAUUUCAAGUGUACAAUGCUCCCCAAGCUUAAAAGAGGAAGAAGCAUUAAUUUCCAGUGGAAGCAUAUACAAGGCUCCCAACUGUAAAGUAAGGGAGGUGUUUUAUGGAAACCAGUCUCAUCUUCAGGUAUUUGCCAUCCGAGACAUUGCAAAAGGUGAAGAAAUCACAAUUGAUUACGGAUUGCCGGAAUUCUCUUGGAGAAAUAAUGAACUGAGUUUCCAAAAUGCUGAUUCUUCAGCUGUUCUUGACUAUAGCUCUGAUCUUGACUGUGAUAUUAAAAAGGAAGAGGAUGAACCCUGUAAUUUUUUAGCUGCACCAGGAGCAUCCACAUCUGAAUAUAUUCCGUCCUGGUCCCUUUCUCCUACUUCUAGCACCUCUCAGUCAGACCAGUGUGAAACCUCAUCCCAGCUCGAGUCUCCCGAGUGCUGUAAGGCUCUUUUGCAUGAGGAGGAGGCUAAAACAAGACUUUUACGCAGCAGGAGAAAGACUCAUCUAGUAGACGAUUGGUCCUCUGCGCAGAGUGUUGAGGUGGUCACGAAAAAAAACUGUACUGAUGCACAGGGACGUCGAUUUUACAAAAAGCAUUACUGCAUGUUUUGUGAAAAGGGAUUUAAAAAGAUUGCUCGCCAUUUGGAACAGAUGCAUUCAAAUGAACCUGAAGUGGCAAAGGCAGUCAGCCACAAGAAAGGCUCAAAGGAAAGAGCAAUUUUAUUACAGGAACUACGUAACAAAGGGGAUUUCUCUCACAACGCUGCUGUGUUAGAAAAAGGUGUUGGACAGCUAAUUACACAAAGGCAACCAGUGAAGCAGCUGGCCCCAGAGGAUUAUCUGCCCUGUCAGUACUGCCUAGCAUUGUAUAUGAAAAAUGAUCUUUGGCGCCAUCAAAAGCGUUGCUCUUUAAAGACUAAAAGGAACAACAUUGGAAGGGGUGGCCGCAUCCAAGCUGAAGCAGCACUUCUUUUACCGGCUCCUGUAUCCUCGGUUGGGGAAGGUGUUCAGAAGCUGCUUGGUAAAAUGCCACAGGACAAGAUAACGUUGGAGGUCCAAAAUGACCCUCUUAUUUUACGUUUUGGGGAUCGGUUGUUUUUGCAGGCAGGAAAUCCCAUAGAAAAGCAGAGGGUAUCUGACAUCUGUGCUAAGAUGAGGGAGUUAGCAAAAUUAAAAAUGGAAUCGCAAAAACUCGACCACAGUAUAAGCUCUUUAAGAGAUUUAGUGGACUCUUCUCGAUUGGAUGUGUUGGCCAGUUCAGCAAGAAAUGCUACAGGAUUUGAACAGCACAUGCAGAAAUAUUCAAGCCCUUCAGCAGCACUCAAACUGGGUUUGUCCUUAAGCAAGGCAGCAGUCAUUCUAGAAGGGGAUGCUAUUCGAAGUGGUGAUGAGAGUCUUCGAAAGAAAGUGGAAAGAUUUAAGGUGGCAAUGAAGAAUGAGUGGGCAUUUCAGGUGUCUACCUUUCCUGAAAGCAGUUCUAUGUCCUUUCGUUAUGGCAAGAAGUGGAACAAACCUCAUUUAUUACCCCUGUUAGAGGACCUGUUGCUUCUUCAGACCCAGCUGAGAGAGAAAGAGGAGAUUUCUGUGGUAGACCUGGAGCAAAACCCAAGCGCAGAAUCCUGGAGGUCUUUGUGCCAAGCCACUCUAAUCCAAGUAAUUUUAUUUAAUCGAAGGCGCGACUGUGAGGUGUCUAAAAUGCUCAUCCAAGCUUACUCCAAGAGACAAAGAUUCCCUAGCAACGAGGAAACGGAAAGCAUUUUGGCAGAUUUUGAACAGUACAUGUGGAACAGCCUGGCAAGAGUGGAAAUUCUUGGCAAAAGAGGCAGAUAUGUGCCUUUAUUAUUAACCCCAAGGAUGGAGAUGUGUAUGAGCCUUCUUUUAAGGACUCGAGAUUGCGUCGGAAUUGAUGAGGAUAACCCAUAUGUAUUUGCUCGACCUAACCAACACUCCACGAAGCCACUGAGAGGUGGGGACCUGCUUAGGUUUUUAGCCAAAACAUGUGGUGCCAGACACCCAGAGCAUUUAACGUCCACUCGCCUGCGGAGACAAAUCGCAACCCUUUCACAGUUGUUAUGUGUGGAGAGCUUAGAUAUUGAACGUUUGGCCACGUUUUUAGGACACAGUGUGAAAAUCCACUUGGAGUAUUUACAGCUUCCACGGAACACAACUCUGCUGGCAAAAGUAGCAAGAGUGCUUCUAGCUGGUGAAAAGGAUGGACUUUUAUUUAAAGGAAUGACACUAGACCAGAUUUGUUUGGAACUUGAUGUCCUUUCUGAAAAUUCCGGCAACUCUUCUGAUGAAGAAGAGAAGCCAGAGGAGACCAAACCUGCAAAACCUGUCGCGACAGGAGCGUCUCAUGCCAGCCAGCCAAGAAGGCUGGCCAGUGAAUUUCCUCAAAAGAAAGGUAAGAAGUGUGUUCAGAAACGACCCUGGUCUCUAGCAGAAAAGCGGGAUGUGGAGCAGCAUCUCGAGAAGCAUAUCCGACUCCUUCAGGUCCCAGCCAAGGCCGACUGUGAGCGCUGCUUAUCCGGCUCGCCGCUUCUUCGAUCAAACGGUCGGGACUGGAAGGCAGUCAAGUUCUAUGUCCACAACCGCAUCCAGCUGAUCAAAAGACACAUGAAGAAAGGCAAAAAUGUAGGAUGACCACCAAAGGAAAGUGAGGUGCACAGAAAUCACUGAGGCCAACUUGUUUGAUAGUUUACCUUUAUCACUAAGCACAUUUUCUGACGUUUUUGAUUUCUUGGUAUCAAUGAGGUGUGUUAUUAGCUGAGCUCAAGCACAAUGUACAUUUUGACAGUUCACCUGAACUUUUUCGUCUUGCACCUGCACUCUCUAAGUAUUCCUUUUUCAGGUUUUUGUUUCAAGAUUAUUUUUUUUUUCUUCUUUUGCCUUAACAUGUAUUCAUUUACGAGAUCCUUAACUAGAUGUGUUCAAUAUUAUUGUAACAUUAGUUUGUAAAGUUCCCAUUGCACAAUUCCUGUGAAAUACUGGGCUUCCUGUACUGAUGCUUAUUUUAACCAAUCUCAAUCCGUUCAACCUCUUCUCAUAAGAAAGUCUUCUUCAACAUAUCCAUUUCAGAAACUCAGUAUUUAUUUCAGUUGGUCAGUAACACAGAUACUUUAAUAAUCUAUACUGAAAGACGGCACUUGAGGUGAUGUUUUCCUUGUUUCGUUUCGCAGGCUUCUGCAGUUCUUAAUUCUAUUUGCAUUCACAAAAAUGGGCUCCCUUUAGCCUUGGCAGACAAUGAGGUGUUUCACAAUUUAGGUUAUUUACCAGUGUGUUCCCAACUCACUUUACCUGAGGAAUUCAGUUUUGUUCAUUUAAUGAGAGUUUUUCAUUUUUGGAAGCUGCUUUUUGAAUUAUUUUUCAAAGUAUUUGGAAAUGUUAAAAAUACAGUUUAAACUCUUUCAUAGACUCUUUUCAUUGCACUGUGCAAAUAAAUAUGUUCUUAUCAACUGCAGAUCUCAGUUCAGUAAGGAAUACCACAGAGUCAAAUAUAUUUAUUAAGAAAAGAAAACGUUGUGGGUCAUGUGGAGGGUAAUGUAAACUUUUUUUUUUAAUACAUUGAAAUAAAGUGGGAAGUGUCCGACCAAAUCGGGAAAUGGCCAUUGUUGCUGUUAAUUGACCAGCCAAUGUCCAAUCUUUUCCUCGAUGUCGGGAUUUGGCUAGCCAGUUUGCGAAAUGGCAUGGGGCGAUCGGCCAGAGUUGGAGGAAAAAGGGCAUGAGCAGUGAUUUGUUGCACACUUAGUAGUGCAAUUGCAUCGAGUGUAGCCUUGGCUGCCGGUCAGUGAUUGGGAAGAUGCGAUGGAUCGUAGUGAUUUUUUUUCUUCUGUGCCUACGGAUUCCAGUAGUUUCUCGUGCAGAAUGGAAAACUCACUUCUGAAUCUGCUUCUGAAAUUUUAAAGCAUCUUCGCACCUUAGGACAGUCUUACAUCAGCACAUUGAAUUUUGGCCAGGGAUUUCUCGCCACUUCACAAAAUGGCCGGCCAAACUAGCAUAUACACCGGUCAUUUCUAGUAAUUCGAACUUUGGCCAUACCUCUCGGCCAAAAUACGAAAUGGCCAGCCAAUUCGGGAACUGGCAGAACAAAUACAUAUAAAAAGCUUUAUUAAUGCAACAUUUUUAAAAUAUAACACAACAUUCAACUCUAUUUCCCAUUGAGGUCAAAAUAAUUAAUAAUUAUUAUUAAUUUACACUUUAUUUGACAAUUAUUAAUAAUAAUUUAAAGGUUAUAUAGUAUAGUCUUACUUUCCACCACACCAUUUGGUAAUCAUUCUAUGUGUCAGUGGUUCUUGGUGUGAUGAAAAAACUUCCUAACAUUUCUGCGAUGUCUGUCCUAAGCAGGUUUUCAACUGUAUCCCUGUUUUCUUGUUUUAAGAAUUUAUUUUAAAAUAACAACUGGGGUCCGCUGUACUAAUUCCUGAGUUGGCACACAAGGAGUGUUUUCUGAAUUCUGUGACGUUUAGGACAAUUUUUACUUAUUUUUUGCGUACACCUAAUAACGCAUACAAUACUAGAGCGGAGUAUCAUAAGCAGUUAACUUGUAUCAAUUUUAGAAAUUCCAUUUACGCCAAGAUGACUGUGAACUUAACAAUUUCAUAGCAGCUUUAGACUCUCCCCUUUUGAGAUGCCAGUCGACCAUAGGUCACUCGGAGAUUUGAAAUGCCAGUCGACCAUAGGUCACUCGGAGACAUAAUCGUUCUUGACAAUUCUAGUCCAGUUUGCUUUAUUUAAAGUAAACCGUGUACAUUAAUUCAUACUGCUACAGACCAUGAAUGUUGUUAACAUCAUGUUUAAAGACACACGUUUGAGCUCCCACUAAAGAUGUGGCAGCUGCUUAAUCUUAAAAGCAUUUCAUAAAAGUUAAACACAAGUGAAAAUCCGGGAUUUUAAUCAAACACUUCUCUUAGGGAACAACAUUUAUUUUACAGGGAUAGCUGGUUAGCCACACUGCUGCUGAGGAGCAACAUGGUGGAGAGCUAUUGCAAUGGAACUGGAUUUGUAUUAGCAUUUAUUAAUUCCUAACUAAGUAAAUAUAUAUUUUGAUUCUAAAUAUAGAGAAUGUGAAUCCACCCAGGACACAGUGAAUACUUAAUGAACAGCAGCAGUAUGAAUAUGUUUAAUCAAUCAAUAGUAAUCUACAUUAUUGCAAAGAAAUUGUUUAUUAUUGCCGUUGUGAUCUUUGGGUUCUUAUCGUAAAAGAACCAAAACUAAAAUGCAGGUAAUUAGGAAUUUUUUCUGAAGCUGAAUACUGUGAAUCAAAAGUGAAAAUGUAGUGUUUGGUAAACCUCAAGGGUCUGUCUUUUCACUAGUGUAAGGAUUUAAUUUAAAAAUGAGUAGACCAAUAUAAGAGGGUGGGGGUCAUGCAGAGAAAUAAAUAGAAACAUUUUGUUGAAUUGUGUUUAAAAAAAAAAAUGAAAACACUUUUUUGCCCUUUUUAUAGGUAUAUCACUUAACUUUUUGUCUUAAACUCACUAUUUUUUACAAAUUAUUUUUCUCACAGUUACUCGUGAACAUUUACGCUAAUAUACUUGAAUGAAAUGAUUACUUUCAGAUCUUCAAGGUUAAUAUUCCACACCCAUAAUAAAUCUUAUUAUAUUGUUCUAUAAGGCCACUAUACUAACUCACUAAAGCAGAAUGAAUCAACAGGGUCGUCGGUUCUUCUCCCCUUCCCCACUGCUCCUCUUCAGAAUUUCACACAGCAAGAGUUUUAAAUAGUUAAAUCAUUAUCGCCACAUCCCUUUGAGUCCAUUUUGCAACAUCAGAGUCUAAAUGGAAUGUUUUAAUUCGGCUAAGUUUUGUUAAUCACGUUUUUUUUUUUUGGACAGUGGUUACCAUCCUGGAUUCAAAUCUUAACACCAGUCAUUGUGUACUUUGACUAUGUAUGUUCUCCUCCAACUCUGUGUGAGGUUUCCUUCUAUUUCCUCAAGACCAGUGUGUUUUAUUUCAAUUGGCCUUUUCUGAGUGUGUCUGCUUGAAAGGGCGAUAAACUAGUGCCCUAACCAGGACUGGUUCCUGCCUUGAGCCUGUGUUCUUAGAAUUAGUCUGACCAGGCCAGAUGUGAUUCUCAAAUGGUAAUACACGUCUAGCGACAACCCGUUAUAAGUUUUGUAGUGAAUAGUAUAGAAGUCCACAGCAGCAAAAACUACGCCCACAGGACGUUCUCCUAAAACACCCGCCACCAAUCCCUUCAGUCCAUGCACUUUAAACCGCUGGGGUUUCAGGGAGAGAGCACAUGACACCGAACAAAAGACCUGACACUGGGAGAAAAUAAAAGGCUAAAAUUGCUGUUCUCCAUUUAGGAGCUCAAUAGAACAAGGUAAAUGAAGCGUAAUGAUGAAUUUGUACAUGGAGAUGGACACACAUGUAGACCACAACAGCACUAUACAUUUAAAAAGUUCUUCUCCCUGCUACAAUUUCUUUUUGUCAUUUUGACUGUUGCAGCGCGAUGUGGCAUAACAACAGCAAACAGAGUUUAGGUCAGCAUUGUGGUCUAUGGGUAUACAACGUGUUAAGACACUGCCGCCAUAUUCUGGCAGGGAAUGUUGGGAUUUCCAAACGGGUAGUAAUGUUAACUUCCUUCAGUUAUUUAUUUAGUCAUGCAGUCAGAAGAUGGAUACUGUGUAGCCUCAUCUGUGCUUGUAGUGGUGUUGUUGGGCAGAUUUAAUGAUUUAGGUGUUUUGAGUAGCAAAAUCUUCAUCUCCUGUAGCUCCUCGUUAUCAGCUCUGUUCACGGCAGUUCUUUUGAUGGAGUGUGACACACUGUUUACUUCAAAUCCAUAUUUUGCAGUUCACAGAACAUAGCUGGUUAUUCUUUCAAGCUUACAUCAACUCCUACACUAUUACCGUAACUGAUGAACGGAGAGCACACACACCACCUGCAGCAACAUAGUGUUCACUUUCUACCACUAGUCUGUUGAUGUCCUCGAUUGCCAAUGUAUGAUCUGAGUGUACAGAAAGGCUUUUCGUUUGCAUCAGGUUCUGUUUAUUUUAACAUGUGCAAUGUGCUGACUGUACUGUACACGCAACUCACUUUCACCUGUAGAAUUGAGGUCUUUUUAAUAGACUCAUUCAGUUGUAGACAAUUUAUUGUAAUCGGAAGCCUGCUGUCUGUCGGACAUCUCUGGUGUUUGUAGUUCAAAGUCUCCGCCCUUACUUUGAGCACCGCCUUCAUGAGACGUUGGAUUGGUUUAGAAAUGUGACACUCAGUGAGCCAUCUAGUCCUUCCUACCCAGUUUUAAGCAGAAUUCCCUUAUGGUUGUCUGUCAUAUAAGUUAUAAAUCUGGCUCUGCGGGAGUAUCCCUGAUGCCAUCUUUAAUUGGAUUAAUUACGGUAUGAGAGUGUUAAUGUGAGUUUUCAGUUUGGAGUUCUUCUACUAACCAUGCAGAAUAUGUGGACGCAACAUGCAUAGUGUCUGUUGUCUCAGCUAGUGUAAAUAUUGUUAAUUAGUCCGUCAAGUCAAAAUUUUUUGUAAGCAAAUCACAAAAGGUUCAUUCUUGGGGGGGGGAAAGGUUUCGAUUUUUUUUAUUUCGAUGUUAUCGUUUAGUCCAGUAUUCUAGGAUUUAGCUUUAUUUAGUUGUGAAGUCUUCCACAUUUUGUUUCCUGUUGGUACGAGUAUUAUCGCCAUCUGAUGCUGCUUUUAAUGUGGUUAAUUUACAGCAGGGGUCCUCUGUCACAGUCCUGGAAGGUUGCAGGUUUUCAUUCCAACCAGGUUUCUAAUUGGAAGCCAGUCCUUGUUAAUAGUAAACUUGGUAUUUAAUUGUAUGGCUUGUUAGCACUUUCUUUCAGCCAAGGCAAAUAUUUAUAAUAAUGACAAUUCACUUCAUUUGCCGUAUACAAUUAGGAGUUUGUCAUUUGCAGAGACACACAAAGGGGGAGAGGGCAGCUGGGGGGUCAGAGCACAGGGUCAGCUGUGGGCCUUCCUCAAGGGCCCAACAGAAUACCGUUCCUUCUGGCACUGGUGGGAUUCAAACCGGCGCUCUUCCAGUUACCAACACAGACAGCCACACCGCUCUUAGAUUUUCCUUUUCUGAGAACAUUGUCAGUUUUUUGAACCGUAAUGGAUUUGCACUGUUUGGUCCUUUUAAUUUCUUAAACAGAUUAUUAACACAGGUAUUUCUUGAUGCAUAUUCACAGGUUUAUAUCUUGUGAUGCACAGAUGUGAAAAUGUACAGCCGAUAGCCGAUUCUUUGUGAAAAGUGAAAGUGUAAUAAAUGACAUUCACAAAAUAUGAGAAAUCAAAGUGCAUUUAUUUUCUGAUGCGAAAGUGAUCGCAACUCUUGGCGUGAAUUUAAACAAACCGUCUAUAAUUUUGUAACUGCCAUCAUUUUAAGUCCCUGGUCGGUCACUUUAAUUUAUUGUAGGUAAUAUUAACAUUUGUUUAAUAAACCAUAUGUACAGUCUCUGAGUUGUGUAUUUUAUAACUUAACUGUUCUCAGUUACACAUGUCCAAUAACUAUUUUAUUUAUAAUUAAUAAUACAAAAAUCUGAUAUAACUGAUGUCAAGUGUGAUGAAUUCCAUUACGUACCGAGUAACACUUGGAGCUUUUGCACCGUCUGAGUUGAAUUUUCUUCGGCUAUCAAAUGCUUGUGCUGUUGACGGAGUUUCGCUCUCCUUGGCCAUCACUGGAUCUUGAGCCUUCUUGACUGAAGCAGAUUUGCUUUUCAGAAACUCGAGUUUCUUAGUAUGCCUUGCCUCGAGGUGAGCCACCAGAUUGGUUGCAUUGUAGUUUUUUUACUUUUAUUCCAUCCUCAAGAAAUUUCCGCAGAGUAGAAUUUGCAAGUUGCCUUUCUGGUGUUAACUGCACAAAUGCUAAAGCGAGCCCACACCGCUGGCAUUUUUUCUACCCUCUUAAGUGUCAUUGCUGAUGUGAUCAUGGGAAAUGUUAUUGUAAAAAUAGAAUAAUCGGCAAUAAAUAUCAGGUUAUUUCAAACAA